CAUUUCAUUCCCAACUUCCAUAGCUCCUUUUUCCCGCUCUUGCUCCUUCCUUCUCUCUCUCUUUCACCUCGAAGAGAAAGAAAAAAUGGCAGGCUCUAUGACCAUUUGGUUCUUUGUGGUGCUUUCGAUCUCUAUUUUGUUAUCUUGGACCAACCCAAGAGGCGAAACCAUCAAAUCCUUCUCUCUCUCUCCUCUCUAUUCUUCUACACAGUCGGCUUCUUCUUCCAAUGAGGAUAUCUCCGGCUUGAGGUACGAUUUCUACCAUAAAACUUGUCCACAGGCAGAGUCCAUUGUAAGGACUCACAUGGCUCGCUUAUACUCCGACCAUAACAAUGUCUCUGCAGCUCUCCUGCGUCUAUUCUUCCAUGACUGCUUCAUUGAGGGCUGUGAUGCUUCUGUCCUCUUGGAUGACAGCAACGGUGACAAAAACCAUUCCAUAGAGAGGCAGGCCAUACCCAAUCAGACCUUGAGGGGUUUUGAUAAAAUUGAUUCCAUCAAGGAGGAGCUCGAAAAGGCUUGUCCAGGGGUAGUUUCAUGUGCUGAUAUUGUUUCUAUUGCCACUAGAGAUGGCAUUAUGCUGACUGGCGGCCCUUUCUAUCCAGUGUUAACAGGCCGGAGGGACAGCAUUCAUUCAUAUUUCAAUGAAGCACUGUCUGCAAUUCCACGACCCGACGAUAACAUAACACAGACACUUCACCUUUUUGACCUUAGAGGUUUUGAUGAAAGAGAGACUGUCAGCCUUCUAGGUGCACACAACAUUGGGAAGAUUGGCUGUGAAUUCAUACAGAAACGUCUCUUUAACUUCAAGGGGACAGGGCAGCCAGACCCAACUAUAGCUCCUGAUUUCCUAACUGAGAUGAGAAUGAGAUGCCAAGACAGUAAUAGGACCACCACUCGGCCUUCUUCUUCAUCCAUGGCAUCAUUGGAAAUGAGUGAGUCAGCAGUGGGGAUGUCAUAUUUGCAGGCGUUGUCAUCUUCGAUAUCAUCUGGGGCAGGUUUUGAUACUCACUACUAUCAGAGCUUGUUAAGUGGGAGAGGACUCCUUUUUGCCGAUCAGCAAUUAAUGGCUAAUGAGAAGACUGCGAGACUGGUAAGAGCUUAUGCUUCAGAUGAUGGAUCAACCUUUCGAAUGGACUUUGCACGGGCAAUGAUGAAGAUGUCAGGCCUUAAUGUUCUGACUGGAUCUCAAGGUCAGGUCCGGCAGAACUGCUCCUUGCCUUUGGUCAGUUCCUAAGCGACAGUCUACCAUAAUGAAUUCUUUUAGAUCUUUGUUCUUUAAUAUUAGUUUCUCUUAAGUUCUGUGUUUGAUUGUAGAUGCAGUGACUUCCACAUUUCUUGCCUGUUCUAAUUUGAGUCUGUAUAUAAAGGCAAUGGCAUAGAGAAGACAUUAGUCACAAGAUGAACUUUUUUUUUUGAGAAUAUAGUCACAGUGAUGAACCUGAUGGUAAAAACGGCAUGUAAAUAUGUUUUGAAGUUCUUAAGAAAUAUAGAAUUCUAAUGUUUUGAA